GAGACGUGGGUGGAGACUGGAAAGAGACCAGAGUACUCUGCAAAGGUCCGAGCUGAAGGAGUAGAGGCUUCCAAGAAGUAACAUGGCUGCGAGGUUCUGUGGAGUCCUUGUCCUUCUUACAGUGUUUCUCAGUGGACUGAAUGCAUCAAGACCAGCUGUAAACCAGGAACUAUCCAAUAUUUUCAAUGAGCUGUGGAGGUUGGAUGUGAAUCGCAUGACACCUGGGAUAGACUACACAGUCUCUGUUCAGGGUAGAGCUGGUUUUGUGAACCAGGGCAGCCAUGUUGUACAGGAUCAUGCCUCACAGCCUCUGUUCUCCAACGUUAAUGAGAGCAAACUGAUGAACACAACCACCUUUUCCCGCUUCAUCGGACUCCUGGACAAUUAUGAGCGGACCAUAGGCGUGGCCGAACGAGUCACAACAGAGGAGCUGACAGAGACUAAUCUCUUCCUGGAUGCUGUCUUAGAGACAGAAGUCAUGAAGCGGGCUCAUAAGUACCUGGUGAGCAAAGGGCAGUCCAGCUCAAACCUGAGGCAGUUUAAGAGCCAGCUGCACUUGAUCUGGUUCCACCUCUACCACCGACAGAGAAACAUGGGCCUCGACUCCUGUGGAUUCGAGCAUGUCUUUGUUGGAGAGACAAAAUCUGCAACAGAAAUCAUUGGUUUUCACAACUGGAUCCAGUUCUACCUGCAAGAAAAGAGCACACACUUGGACUACAAAGGAUACAAGGCCAGGGACCAUGACUUACCCGAUCAAGACGACCACGUUCUGAACCUCCAGUUCAGCUGGCACGGUCUGGUGAAGCCCGUGGGCAGCGCCUUCAUCGGGACCAGCCCUGAGUUUGAGAUGGCGCUCUUCACCAUCGUCUUCCUCAUGAACACAGAGAGGAGCACCGUGGUGCUGGUCAACAUUGACCAGUGUCAGAUGGAGCUGGUGGUCAUCAGACAUGGACGCUCCCUCGGGACGGCGUACCCCAAACUGCUCAGCAGCAACAACAGACAUCGCAGGCAGCACUCGCACUGAUGUGAAGGAUCCUCUGAUACAAAGUGAUACACACAUCCUUAUAUUGUUCAUGCCCAAGAACCUGAGGCACACAUGCAGUGUACUUAAAACGCCAUAGACCUGCUUAGUGUAGUGCAGGGCAUAAAUGUGUCUUUGAUUAUAAACAUGAUUUAAUUUGUCAUGAAAAGGUUUUUCAAUAAACGUGAUUGAUGCUUUCACCAAUAAAGUUCAGCCUUUAUUACACAUUUCAUUUACUUUUCAUAAAGCUCAUGCCCAAGAAUCUGAGGCACACACGCAGUGUGGUUAAAGCGCCACAGACCUGCUUAGUAUAGUGCAGGGCAUAGAUGUGUAUAUGAUUGUAAACUUAAUUUGUCAUGAAAAGGUUUUUCAAUAAAUGUGAUUGAUGCUUUUCUCGAAUAAAAGUUUAACCUUUGUGACACA